GCAGAGACACAACUUUGGAGCUGCGCGGUGACGAAACCUCUGUCCAAACGUGACCCCUGCGCGCGCCCAGCGGUGCUCCACCAAAACCCCCAAAGGACCACGGGGCUGCCGCUGGCCGUCCCGCUGCAGCGCCACAGGGGACCGCGCGGAGGAAACAUUCGUCCGCCCGCAGUGAGAGCGUCGGAUGAGGAGAAGAGGAGAGCGGAGGGCAUCGGAUAGGCCGGACUACAAGGAUGGCAGCUCCUGACUUAUUGGACCCAAAAUCUGCAACUCACAACAGCAAACCACGGCUCUCCUUCUCCACAAAGCCAAUCACGUUGACAGUGCGAGAGGAGAGUGAGGUGGUUGCCACGGUGAUGAAGUGGAAGACAGUGACAGCCAUUUUUGUCCUGGUGGUCUUGUAUCUGGUGAUGGGUGCAGCAGUGUUCAAGGCACUGGAGCAGCCCCACGAGAGUGCCCAGCGCGUGGCCAUCUUGACCCAGAAGCUGGAGUUCCUGUCAAAACACCAAUGUGUGAACCACAGCGAGCUGGAAGAGCUGGUGAAGCAAAUAGUAUUGGCCAUGCGUUCAGGAGUGAACCCAACAGGAACCCUCAGCAACCACAUCAGCCUGUGGGACCUGAGCUCAGCCUUCUUCUUUGCUGGGACAGUCAUCACUACUAUUGGCUUUGGAAACACCUCUCCACACACUCAAGGAGGCAGGAUUUUCUGCAUUGUGUACGCGUUACUGGGAAUUCCUUUGUUUGGAUUUCUGCUGGCUGGUGUUGGUGAUCAGCUUGGCACAAUAUUUGGCAAAGGGAUUGCCAGAGUGGAGAAAAUGUUUGUUCACGGUGACAUCAGUCAGACUAAGAUCCGGGUCAUAUCCACCAUCCUCUUCGUACUGUUCGGCUGUCUGCUGUUUGUGGCCCUCCCUGCUGUCAUAUUUAAACACAUUGAGGGCUGGUCCGCGCUAGAGUCUCUUUACUUUGUGGUCAUUACUCUCACAACUAUAGGAUUUGGAGACUUUGUGGCAGGUGGCUCUGAUAUAGCGUAUUUAGACUACUAUAAGCCUGUAGUAUGGUUUUGGAUCCUGGUGGGACUGGCCUACUUCGCUGCCAUUCUCAGUAUGAUCGGAGACUGGCUCAGAGUCAUCUCAAAGAGGACCAAAGAAGAGGUUGGUGAGAUCCGGGCCCAGGCAGCUGAGUGGACAGCCUCGGUCUCUGCAGAGUUCAAGGAGACGCGCAGAAGAGUGAGUGUGGAGCUUUAUGACAAGUUCCAGAGAGCAGCGUCCAUCAAGCGUAAACUGUCCACAGACUUAGCCUUCAGCGCUGCCCCUGAGCUCUCUCUGCCCAAAAGGACUGUGUCGGUCAACUUUAAUGAUGAGCUGGAAAAGAGAGAGGCUGUAUUACAAGGGCUAACCACUCCACUAAUGAAAAAACACCUGUUUAUGAACGGAAUGGAUCCAGAAAGGGGAGACAUCUCAAUCAUAGACAACAUCAAGUGA